AUGGAUUUGCUGCCGAACAAAUGGAUUGUAUAUUCGACAUUAUGUUUGUUUUUCACCUGUGUCAGUUGCAAUUCAAUGGAAAACAAGAUCUACAUCCCACUGAACUACACAAUGCCAUGUGUGCGACUUCUUAAUUCAACUCAUCAAAUUGGCUGCCAGUCGUCUUUGUCAGGUGAUGUUGGAGUACUCCAUCUGCUUGAGUCAGAAGAAAACCUGGACUGGGUGCUUCGCACUGGUCUCCACCCUCCUUACAUGGUGAUCAUGGAGUCUGCGCUCUUCACCAGAUCCGUCAUGAUGAAGCUGAAGAACGGCUCCAGCAGGGUGGCCGGCGUUGCUGUUGUGGUGCCCAGCGCAAAUCCACCGCAGGGCUUCUCCCCACACACCAAGUGUCCCAACGAGAACUCAGGUGUGUACUCGGAGAGCUACGGUCCGACUCUGGCCCACUGCAACACCACAGUGUGGAACCCCCUGGGCAACGGGUUGUCCUACGAGGAGUUUGACUUCCCCAUCUUCUCCCUGAAGGACGACAAUGACACGCAGCUCAUAAAACAGUGCUACGUGGACCACAACCGCCCCGUGAAUGGCAGCGACCCCCAGUACCCGCUCUGCGCCAUGCAGCUUUUCUCCCACAUGUCUGCCGUCACCAACACGGCCACCUGCAUGAGGAGAAACACCAACGGCUUCACCUUCAGCCCCGAAUCAAUUUGCGAGCCUUUGGGUGACCAUAAUAUUUGGGCCCCUGCUAAACCUUUGAACACAACACAGAAGGGCCACAAGGCGGGGGAGAGUAUGGUCAUGGCAACGGCCCGGCUUGACAGCAGAUCCUUUUUCUCUGAAAUCGGUCCCGGAGCAGAGAGUGCGGCGUCUGGGCUCGUCACCCUGCUGGCGGCUGCUCACGCUCUACGAAACGCCACCCAGGAGGCUCAGCUGAGCCGAACCAUCUUCUACACGUUCUUCCACGGGGAAACGUUUGACUACAUCGGCAGCUCGAGGAUGGUGUAUGACAUGGAGAAGAAUCAGUUCCCUAUAGAUCUGGACAACGUUCACUCUGUGCUGGAGAUUGGACAGGUUGGACUGUUUUCCAGCUCGAAGGUCUGGCUUCACACAGAUCCUGUCUCCAGGAGAAACGGCAGCGUCGAGGAAGAGGUGAAGAAGCUCGUCUCCAACCUGCAGACGGCCGCUAAAGGUUUAAACGUCUCCGUGGAGGAACCCGGCGUCACCCAGCCGCUACCUCCGUCGUCCUUACAGAGGUUCCUGCGGGCUCGGCCGUUCCCUGGCGUCGUUAUCCAGGAUUACAGCUCCAGUUUCGCCAACAUGUACUACCAGAGCAUGUUUGACAACGCAGACAGCUUGAAGAUGUCGUACCCUCCGAACCUGACGCCAGAGGAGCAGCUGAACUACGUCACCGACACGGCAAAGUCUCUGGCUGAAUUGGCGACCAUGGUGGCUCGAGCUCUGUUUGUUCAGGCUGGAGGAGAAGAAAGCCAAGUCAGCGCUAUUAAAGCAGACGAGCUGCUGGUGAGCCGAAUGCUGUACAGUUUCGUCAUAGCGUCGAAUAACUCCUGGAUCCAGGAGCUUGUGUCUUCAGAGUCUGCGGCUCAGCUCAUCAACGAGACUGCGAACUUCUACAUCAGCGUGGAGCGGCAGACCAGUUUACCGACAGUCCUGGUGCAGCACCUGCUGGCCAACCUGACUGGCAGCACCGCCAACGUCACGCAGGAAGACUGCAAGAACCAGAGAGAGAACCAAGACGACAAGGAGAGCAAACAUUUGUACAGCUACUCUUGGGUUCAGGGUGCAGCGCCUCCCAACAGCACGGAGAGGAAGGGUUUCUGCGUUCGCUCCACGGUGCACGGCACCAAAGCCCUCUCCCCGGCCUUCGAGCUGGAGGACUACAACUCCCAAGACUACUCCACGUGGACAGAGUCCAACUGGAAGCAGAUCAAAGGACGCAUAUUCCUGGUGGCCAGCCACGACCUGGAGAUGCUGACGCUGGGUUUGGGCGUCGCCGUGCUGCUCACCUCCCUCCUGCUGACGUACGUCAUGAGCUCCAAGGCGGACAUACUCUUCAGCACAGGGAGGGAACCCACCAGCGCCACCUACUGAUCCACGGGGAGAGACGUCUUCUCCGGCCCGCCGCCACCACUACAACCCCCACUCCUCCUCCACCUCCUCCUCCAACUACAACAACAUGCGCUAGUAUUACUCCUGUCCCCAGCAGACUGUAAAACCCAGCAGGUGAAGGUACACAGACUCAGCAGCACAGGCGGCGGCUUGGCUCACGAUGCACCCCCCCCCCCCCCCCCCCCCCC